GGCCCAGAGCGGCGCCGAGGCGCACACCCGCCACGGCGGCAGCACUCCUGAGCCCCAGCUGCGGGCCAUCGCUCCUCUUGUAGGCUCGCUCGCAGGGGCGAGGAGACACCUCGACAGCGCGCAGCCUCGGAGAUGGGCGGAUGCAUGCACAUUCUCUGCACAUCGCUGCUGCCAACACAACAGCGCAGCCACGCAGCCUGCUCUGCCUCGGACUCUCUCUCAGCGGUAGGGAUCUUCCAUGGCGGGCGACCACGCAGGAGUCACGGGGCUGCAUGCAGCGUCAGCACCGCUCCUAUAUGCGGCUCCUCGGCUGCCCAAACCGCGGCACUUGGCCGUGCAAACGCUGCCGUUGAGAGCGCGGACUGGGCGGCGAGAGACGGCGUGCGUGGCGUGAUCGUCAGGGCACAGGGGUGCGCCCGAGCCACUCAGCCGCCAGAGAGGGACAGGGCGGUGCCGCAGCGCCCCUCGCGCAGUUCUUUCGCGAACGCCUGUGCCGACACUCGCGGCCGGCGCUGCUUGGCCACGGCGAGCGCGGAUGCCGGCGUAGAAGAGACAAGGCGCAGCAGCAGCGGGCAAGCAUCGUCGGCGGCGCUCAAGAGGGCUCGCUGAGCGGCCGUCCGUCGUGCGUCCCGUCCCCUGCUCUCGCUGCCUCGUCUCUCGCUCCGUCUCUCUAUUCACCCAUCCUCUCCACCUCCCACUAUCUCUGCCAUCAUGCCGCGCUUCUCGCCGCUCC